UGUUGCUGACAGGAUUGGACGGACCGCUAGUUUCUUCUUGUGGGUCUUUGGCAAACCAUAAAGGUGUGCGAGCCUAGAACCCUUUUGGAUCAGUGAGUCGGCUAUGGGUUUCGGAAGAGUUCUUUGCACGAUGGAGGACAGAUCCUUCUCCUUUUUGAGUAGUGGGUGGUAAUGCUUCAGAGGUCUUCCCUUUGCUUUUGGUCUUUCGAGACUGAUGGGUAUAAAUUUAGUUUCAUCACUAAUAGAUGAUUCCCUCAGUAGGCUGACAUAUUCUGUUUUGUCCAAGAUCACGACUCUCGAGCCUUGAUCUGGUCGCGUAAUUACAAUAUCGUCUCUCUUCAUUAGCUGACCUAUCGCUCUUAACAUUGGUUUUGGUGGUGUCGGGCCUUUCCUCUUGAUGUAGCUAAGGCCAAUAGAACGUAGCGUUGCAACGCUACGUUCUAUUGCCCUUAACUACCUCAAACUAAAUUUAUACCCAUCAGUCUCGAAAGACCAAAACCAAAGGGAAGACCUCCGAUUUUCAGGCAUAUUUUCUGUAGACGAGCUUCCCGAAUGGCUUCACGUUUUUGGGUUUGGACUUUAUGUGACGCUUCUUGUUCUCGCUUUCGUUGUCGACACAGCCAUAUUGUUUGUAUUCUAUCGAGUAAAGGAACUGCGAAAUGUGACUAACAAUCUGCUUUGCAACAUGGUGACAGCGGACUUACUUUUCGAUUGCAGCGUGUAUUUUGGCUCAGCCACAGGUCUUCUUCAGCUCAACUACCAUGUCGAAAGAUAGACUAGUUUGUACCGAGGAGCGCCCAGAUGACUACUUACUAGUUUUCCUUUGUUAUCAUGUGCCAGUCUUUAUUUUGCUUUAUUUUAUACCUCUUGUAAUUCUGUCCUUUACGUUCGCAAGAGUUUCGAGAAAACUCCGCACCGUUGUGCAACGAUUUCGAUCACGGUCACGAUUUGAUAUCUGUGGCACCGUGAAAAUGCGAAGGAGCACCAUAAGAAUGCAUUUAGUUGUAUUUAUAGUGUUGGUGGUGUGUCUAACGCCCCUGAAAGUCAUUGAGUUGUUGCAUGUGACACCUAUAAUGGACCAGUUCGACCCAUUCGGGACGCUCGUUGUUACUGUGGAGAUACUAGCCUUUUCGCAUGCGCUGUUUAAUCCCUUAGUGUGUUCGUUUAAGAGCAAAGAAUUCAGGAAGGCUGCAAAGAAGGCUUUUCGCAUUUCCCGGAGUCUAAAGGGCGAUUACUGCAUGCGCAUCCGCAAGAGAGAGGACACUGAAUGCAAGCUGAAACAAGUGAAGCAAAGCGAAGCCAUUGGUGCGGACAACGAAAAGAGAGCGUGGACGGACCAUCAAAAUCCCAGCGAGCCUGGAGAUGUUUGGAAGGAAAAAGGCACUCGUAACGAUGGAUUUUCGUUUGCUUUAAAUACUCUAGCGCGAACAGAAAGCUCUUUGACUGAAAGAGUAAAUUAAGCCACGCAUAUUUAAAUGAGCUACAUCAUGGUUUGCUCGUCUUGAAAAGUUUGGCCUAAAAUUUUCAGGUUCAUCGUUUGUAAUCCGAGUUAAUCUUCUCAUUUCUUGUUCCUUUAUGGUUUAUUAUCAUCUC